UGUUGCAUCAAUGAUAUUGUAUUAACUAUUUUGGGGUUACUUCGGUAUCAUCAGCGUGCUCUAUACGUUGAAAUUGAUACUCGCCAUAGCGAUAGGAUUAAAGAAGCUUCCUACAUUAUAGACCGUGUCACUACAGCUUCAUUUCACUUAACAGGAUUCCUUCUUGGGAUUGGAAAGCUCGAAGAGACCGGUGUUGGCAAAGGCAAAAACCAUGCAAUCAAUGCACCUCUAAAAAAG